AUGGGUUGGACCGUUCGCUCUCGGGUCAACGCCUUGGCGUAUAUUAUCGAUUUACCCUCGACGUGGAGAUGCCAUCACACUAUUAAUGUGGGAUUCUUAAAACAGUUGCGGGAAUCUCCGCGGUUUCCUCGCACUCUAGCGAGGAAACAGCAGCAGCGACCUCGCGAGCUUCCGCGCCUCGAGGAUACAGAGAUUCUCGAAGUGCGAAUUACCUCCCGCCGCGGCCAUCGGAAACGCGAAUAUUACGUAAAAUGGCCGGGCACACGCGACCCCGAGUGGGUUUCAGAGGAUCGCGUGCGCGGUCGGCGGCGACCCGGCGUAGCGGGACGGGUGAUUCCAACUACCAUGGCCAGCUUAUUCAGGCGGUGCCGAGGCACCAUGGCAGCCGCGAGACAGCCGCCGCAUCGCGACUCGCCGUUUGAGAACGGGCACCGGUGUGGAGAACAGCAGCAGCAGCAGCAGCAGCAGCGGCAGCAGCAGCAGCAACAGCAGCAAUCCAUCAAGUUCCACAUGACCAUCUGUGCACGAGGACGUACGCUUUUUGCUGAUGGGGGGGCAGAUGUAGCAUGA